CCAUGGAAAUAUCAACGGGUUUUUUUUUUACAUCGCUUUUUGAAGAUUGAUGCCGUUCGCUACACAUCGCCGACUCCAGAGCGUCAGUAACUGAAGUGCUCUUGCAAGUUGUAAAUAGACAUCGAGUAGAAAUUACUUCAGCAAUAUCGGAUUCGAUAGAGAAUAUCACGCUGGUGAUAUUUAAACUACUGAGAUGGUUGAUACAAGUAACUUUGAAAGCAACGAUCAGAAAAAUGUGAAAGAUUUCAGCGAACUUUGAAACGGAUACGGGAAAGUGCCAUAAUUAAUCGUACUAAUUAUGGAUGGUCGUCUUCUAGCUUUACAUUAGAAGAUGAUAUCGUUUUAGAUUAUUUACCUGUAUCUGAAACAUCUUCAUUACGCGUGGAGACUUGUAAAAACAGACGUUUAACCUAAGUGUAAGUUGUAACACUUUCCAAAAAAAAAAGGGUUUUAACAGGCCUACUUUUGUUUUUAACCAUACUGCUUUGAUGGGUCUGUCUGUGUUGGAUAUUUGCGGUAAUGUUGUACAGUGUUCUGAGCAAUAUAGCACCCAAAGUGUACAUUAACAGCCAUGUGAAUUUACCCUGGAAUAAAUUAUUGAUCGCAGUGCAUUGGAAAUACUAUUUUGCACAUGACAUUUUGAGUGAGUGACGUAUCGAUAGGGGAUCACUACCUCGAUAAUAGUUUUAUUUCUUGCUCCAUAUUACUGAAUACUAGCGUCUAGACAUACUUCUAUUAAACUUAUGAACUCGGUGCGUUUUGACCGUUUCGAUUUUAUUUAAAACUCAUGCUAAUUCUUGCAACAGGCUUUUAUAUAUAGGCCUAUUUUUCAGUAUCGUAUUCCGCUGCAUAUUUCAAGCAAAAUGUGGUUGUUUUUUUGUGUAUUGACUCUGCUGCUAUGUGAUAUCAUCCGUGUGAUAAGUGGACAGGAUUCGGGCAAUGCAUCAAUGUGUAAGAUCGAGUGUCCGGAGCCGUUUAAUCCUGAUUUCGCUAGGGCAGGAAUUAUAUUGAAUAUUGGUUCAAGUAAAGCCAAAUUCGAUGGCAACUUGGUGCUAAACUGUAGUUUUGCUAGGGCAAUACUGGAGCAUAAUAAAGUGUUCGAUGAAAAGUUAGCUCCUUUCACAACGAUGGCUGUCUUACGAUACACCGACGUAAACAACCCACGUGAACUAGAAAGGGAAUUGUGCUGGCAAAUAUCGAACUUUAAUAUUCUUGGCGGACAUAUGGCUCCUGCGACGCUACCCGUUAUAGAUGCCUACAGUAGGACACUUGGCGUUCCAUACAUCACGUCAAAUUUGUCUCCAAAAGAACUUUUUCCGAAUAAAAACUUUGAUUUUACUUGGAGUUUGAAACCCUCUCUGGUAUUACCUCUCUUAGACAUUAUCCAGCACUAUUCACCAGAGAGAAUAGCGUAUUUGUAUGCAGAUGAAGAAGCAUUUUUAAGAUAUCAAAACGUGAAGUCAAAUCUAUCAAAUUCAUUUAUGAACAGUACUAUAUUCAAGAAAAUAACUAACAAUAUAAGAGACGACUUGGGCAGUCUACGAGACGAAGGAUGGACUUUCUAUGUCGUGGACGCGCCUGUUAAGACAAUACAAUCAGUUUUAAAUAAUGCUGGACUUCUUGGAAUGGUAACCUCCAGCUACAAUUUCGUGGUAAUGAACCUGAAUGCCAAUAAGCUAAAAGUUGACAGUUUCGUUUACGGAGGGAUGAAUUUAACAGCCUUCCAGUUGCCAAUUAACCAGACAAACGACAGGCUAAUGAACCUGACUCUGAACUGCAGCGGCAAAAUGAAUAAUAAUACAAACGCCACCGUUGAUCGCCCUGACGCCGACGCCAUUUUGCUACAUGAUCUUUCACUUGUCCUGUUGAACGCAUUUGAAAAAGUACUUGCUAAGUAUUCGUAUAUGCCCGUGAGUCAACGAUCCCAAUGUUACUGUAGUAAGCACUUUGAUUCAUCGUGUUGUUCUAGGCUACGGAAAAACGAAUGUCUAAUGUCAUGCUGCUGUUUGCAAAAGUUAGCAGAAUCCGACGUGGACGCACAUAGUUGCACCCAAGGAAGAACAUACGUCUCAGCGUUGCAAGAGAUGGUAGUUGACGGCCUGUCCGGAUCAAUUCAGUUCGAUAAUGUGACGGGAGAACGUACAGCGUAUACUCUUGAAGUUAUCGGUAUUAAGGACUUACAAUUCUUACCGAUUGCUACAUGGAACUCCGACAGAAAAGUGCGUCUACAAUUAGCUAACUUUACCGAACCUUCUGAUGACGUUGGAGACGAAGAAGAGCUUCUGAAACGAGAAUUAAUUGUCACUUCGAUUCUGUGUUAUCAAUUCACGUCAUUAUGUCUAUUACAUCACAUCCGUAGGUCAGUUGGUGGUCGACUUGUUGGUGCUGUAUGGUGGUUCUUUACUCUUAUAUUCAUUGCGUCAUACACAGCAAAUCUCGCUGCAUUCUUGACGAUUGAAGUCAUGAUACCCGCAAUCAACUCCGUUGAAGACCUCACAAAUCAAAGUAUCAUAAAAUAUGGCGCCGUUUUAAACGCCUCAACUAUGGAAUUUUUCAAGAAUUCCAAAACCCCAGUUUUAACCAAAAUCUGGGACGGUAUGAAAGAGGAUGCGAAUAAUUUCGCGGCAGAUAACAAAGAGGGCGUAGAGAGGGUUCGCCACUCCAAGGGAAAAUACGCAUUCUUCCUAGAGUCGUCGGUAAAUGAAUUCAACAAUCAGCGAGAACCAUGUGAUACGAUGAAGAUUGGACCUAAUCUAGAUUCAAAAGGAUACGGCAUUGCAUUCUCCAAGGAGAAGGAUUGGUUGAGGUUUGAACAUGAAUACAUAUUUGCAAACGAUUUAAUUAAUUAA